AUGGAAAAUGGAAAUGUUCACAGAGCUAUUGCAACAGUAGAGAAGUGCACUGGUACAGCAGCCUUCUUUUGUUUGAAGCCAUCGUUGGAAGCAUCUCGACCAUUUUCAUUUAUUUCAUUUUGUCUGAAUGAAAAAGCAGAUAUUAAACACGUGAUUUAUCCGCUACUUAGAUCGCCAGUUGUUUUUAAAACACGGCAAAAAACUGGACGAGUCGGCAAAGAUCGCCUUCUUCUCCGCAAGUUGGAUGAUCAGCGUAUGAAAGGUAAACGAAUUUAA